AUGGGCGACUCUAACUCGGCCCAGGCCCAGGCCCAGUUGGGCUCUGUCGCCCUCAACGGCUCCUCGCCGAAGAAGGUGGCCUACUUUUACGAUUCAGAUAUUGGUAAUUAUGCCUAUGUCACUGGCCAUCCUAUGAAACCCCAUCGAAUUCGCCUUGCGCACAGCUUGAUCAUGCAGUACAAUCUAUACCAGAAGAUGGAAAUUUACCGCGCCAAACCUGCGACCAGGGGCGAAAUGACACAGUUUCAUACCGAUGACUACAUUGACUUCUUGCAAAAGGUCACGCCCGACAACAUGGACAGUUACAUGCGUGAGCAGGGCAAAUACAACGUCGGCGACGACUGUCCCGUCUUUGACGGAUUGUUCGAGUUUUGUGGCAUCAGCGCGGGUGGGAGCAUGGAGGGCGCUGCUCGAUUGAACAGACAAAAAUGCGACAUUGCCAUUAACUGGGCUGGUGGUCUUCACCACGCCAAAAAGUGCGAAGCCAGUGGUUUCUGCUAUGUCAACGACAUUGUGCUUGGCAUUCUCGAGCUUCUCCGAUUCAUGAAGCGCGUCCUCUACAUCGAUAUUGACGUACAUCACGGUGACGGCGUCGAGGAAGCUUUCUACACGACCGACCGCGUCAUGACAGUAUCCUUCCACAAAUACGGCGAAUACUUUCCUGGCACCGGCGAGUUGCGCGACAUCGGUAUCGGACAGGGGAAGAAUUAUUCCGUAAACUUUCCGUUGCGCGACGGCAUCACCGACCAGACAUACAAAUCCAUCUUUGAGCCAGUCAUCGAAAGCGUCAUGAAGUAUUAUCAGCCGGAAGCCGUUGUACUCCAGUGCGGCGGUGACAGUUUAUCUGGCGACCGUCUGGGUUGUUUUAACCUGAGCAUGGAUGGCCACGCCAACUGCGUCAACUACGUCAAGAGCUUCGGGCUACCCACGUUGGUCCUCGGUGGCGGUGGUUACACAAUGAGAAACGUUGCCCGUACGUGGGCAUACGAGACCGGGGUCUUGGUUGGCCAGGAAAUGAACCGCACUUUGCCAUACAAUGAAUACUACGAAUACUAUGCUCCAGACUUCGAGCUGAACGUGCGAGCCUCUAACAUGGAAAACUCAAACAGCAGGGAGUAUCUAGAUAAGAUCACUGCCGCAGUCAUUGAUAAUCUUCGUCAGACUGGGCCUGCUCCGUCGGUUCAGAUGCAGGACGUGCCGCGCAAGCCGUUUGGUGGCAUGACGGAUGAAGAAGAGGCCGAACUGGAUGACCUAGAUGAGGACGAAAACAAGGACGUCCGAAUGACGGAGCAUCGCUGGGACAAGCAUGUGGAGAAUGGAGCCGAGUUCGAGGCCAGCGAUGACGACGAAACGGCUGCGGCAAAUGGCGCGACUCGAAACGGUGGAAACAAGCGGGCUUUCAAUGACUUCAAGAAUACUGAUGCAGCAGGGGAUUCGCGCAGCAAGUCGCCUAUCGAGAAGCGGGACGAUAGCAGCAAAGAGGCUGUCGAUGCCGAAGUUCACGACGUGAAUGAUGACACUAUUGAGGAUGUCGGAGCGGUGGAUGAGCAGGAGAAUCAGACUGCAGAGGAAGAAGAAGAAAAAGAAGAAGAGGAAUUUGAGAAGGAUAAGCUCGAUGCUGACGGUGAUGUCGGCAUGACAUGCUCGGGUGUCGAGGACGAAACCACCAUCAAACAGGAAGACGGCGAACCUGAAUCCGUGCCCGAGGACGCGAAGCAGCCGGAGAAGCCUGCAGAGGAGAAGGCCGCCGCCACGGAGUCAGGCAGGCCUUCCGAGGCUGGAGAGACGGCAGAAGCCAAGGCCAGCGUAAAGCCUGGCGUUGAACAGGCGUCGAAAGAGGCGGCUGAGAAAGAGGGCAAUGCUCAGGCAACAACUGAAGCCGACACAGAAGCUAUGGAAGUCGAUGACAAGGGGAGGUCCGAGGACAAGGCUGCGGAAGAAGCAUCCAAGUAG